AUGUCUACCCAAAUCUCAUUCUAUGUAACAGUUCUUUCCAUUUCCUUCGCAACAAUCUUUUUCUUCAAGGUGAACUCAACUCAAACCACUUCCUUUUCCUUCUCCAAGUUUGUCGAAGACCAACCAAACCUAAUCUUCCAAGGCAGUGCCUAUACCUUCCACGACAAGGUGACACUGAUUUAUACAGAAAGACGCGCCGUGGGCAGAGUUCUCUAUUCUGCACCUAUCCAUAUUUGGGAUAACAAAACAGGCAACGUUGCUGAUUUUACAACUUCCUUCACUUUUGUCAUAAGACCAAUUGGAGGUGCUCCUGCAGUUGCCGAGGGAUUAGCCUUCUUCAUCGCACCGAUGGACACCAAGCCGGGAGGUAAUGGUGGCUUUCUCGGAGUUUUCAAUAGCCAAGGUUAUGAUCAAACUAUUCAAACUGUUGCUGUCGAGUUUGACACUUACCGAAAUGCCUGGGAUCCGGUUAACAGGCAUAUUGGAAUCGAUGUUAACUCUAUCAUAUCCAAAAGUACUGCGCCGUGGAAUUUGCAGUAUGGUACAAAGGCUAAUGUUGUGAUAAGUUUUAAAGCUGCUACUAAUGCGUUAACUGUUACUUUAACUUAUCCUAAUUUACGUAGUUUUAUCCAUAGUGAUGUUGUGAAUUUGAAGAACGUUGUUCCUGAGUGGGUAAGGGUUGGUUUCUCUGCUUCCACUGGAGCAGAAUAUUCAGUACAUGAAGUUCAUUCAUGGUCUUUUCGUUCUGUGUUGGGUGGAACUUCAAGUUCUGAGCAAACUGCAGAUGAAUAG